AUGAGAGAACAGCAUGAUAUUCCAAUAUUUAUUGUUGGAGGAGCUGUCAGAGAUGUCAUUAGAGAAGUGAUUGUUGAAAAAAAGACCAAUGCCUUACAAAUUAUGAAUAAUAUUAAGGAUAUUGAUAUUGGAUUUGGUUGUGAUCCACAAACAUUUCAUGGACGCCUCACUCGAAAAUAUAAAUCAGGUGUUCCAAUUCCUGGACCCCGUGGACUAGUUCAAGUAGGAAGCUCCAAUGGUUCUGAUCUAUUCCUGGAAGGUAAAGCCAUUAAUGGUUUAAAUAAUGAUAAUAAGAGUGUGAAAGCACAAAUUGCUCAAUGUUAUGGAACUAAUCUGAGAGGAGAAAACAUUUGUAGAGAUUUCACAUGUAAUUCUCUUUGGUAUGAUCCAAUCAAUAAGUGCAUUAUUGAUACUAUUGGAAAUGGGCAAGGAAUUAAGGACGUAAUUUCAAAAAAUUUACGAAUUCCUGUAAAACCAAGAGAUUGGGAAUUUUGGGUUUCUGGCAAUCCAACAAAGUUGAUGAGAUUUUACAAAUUCCUUUUGAAGGGAUAUUCUGCAGAUGCCAAAACUAAAUCAUUCAUAAUUGAACAAGUUAAAAAACUCAAUACACGAAAGGAAUUGGAAAAGCUAACAAAGCAAAGUUGGAGAAUUUGUUGA